UUCACUCAUAUGUUUCUUCCUAAUUCUCCUAUUAUACCUUAAAUUUUAUCAACAACAAAAAGCCAAAGAAACACAAUGCUAAAUUCUUCGUAUCUAUCCUUCACACUUAUCUUUUUCUGCUGCAUUUUAUUCUCCAUUCUCACUUCGUCUUUGCCCGUUUCCGAUCCUGAGCUCGUUGUCGAGGAAGUACACAGGAAAAUAAACGAGUCUAUAUCAAGAAGGAAGCUAGGUUUCUUCUCGUGCGGGACUGGUAAUCCAAUCGAUGAUUGUUGGCGAUGCGAGAAGGAUUGGGAGAACAACCGAAAACGGCUAGCCGAUUGCGGAAUCGGUUUUGGCAAAAACGCUAUUGGUGGUCGUGAUGGUGAAAUCUACGUGGUCACGGAUCCAGGAAACGACGAUCCAGUCAAUCCUAAACCCGGAACACUAAGAUACGCGGUAAUUCAAAAUGAACCGCUAUGGAUCAUUUUUAAGCGAGACAUGACGAUCCAACUAAAAGAAGAACUCAUCAUGAAUUCUUUCAAAACCCUAGACGGACGAGGAGCCUCCGUACAUAUCUCCGGUGGACCAUGUAUAACCAUACAAUAUGUAACCAACAUCAUCAUCCAUGGUUUACACAUACAUGAUUGCAAGCAAGGUGGAAAUACUUACGUACGUGACUCACCAGAGCAUUACGGAUAUAGAACGGUAUCGGACGGUGACGGUGUGUCUAUUUUCGGUGGGAGCCACGUGUGGGUUGAUCAUUGCUCGCUCUCGAAUUGCAACGAUGGGUUGAUCGAUGCGAUUCGUGGAUCAACGGCUAUAACGAUCUCUAACAAUUAUUUGACGCAUCAUAAUAAGGUUAUGUUAUUGGGACACAGUGAUACGUACGAACAAGACAAGAACAUGCAAGUCACUAUCGCUUUUAACCAUUUUGGAGAGGGCCUCGUCCAAAGAAUGCCAAGGUGUAGACAUGGAUAUUUCCAUGUGGUGAACAAUGACUAUACACAUUGGGAAAUGUAUGCAAUUGGAGGAAGUGCUAAUCCUACCAUCAACUCUCAAGGCAACCGUUUUCUUGCCCCUGAUGACUCAUCUAGCAAAGAGGUAACAAAGCACGAGGAUGCGCCCGAAAACGAAUGGAGAAAUUGGAAUUGGAGAUCCGAAGGAGAUCUAAUGCUUAAUGGUGCAUUCUUCACCUAUUCUGGCGCUGGACCAACUAAAUCAUCAAGCUAUUCAAAAGCUUCGAGCCUAGCCGCGAGACCGUCCUCUCAUGUUGUUUCUAUCGUUCAUGCCGGAAACAUUCCCGCGGUUAUUGCGUUCGGAGAUUCGAUACUCGAUACAGGCAACAACAAUUAUCUCAUGACUCUAACUAAGGUUAAUUUCUAUCCGUAUGGAAGAGAUUUUGUAACUCGAAGAGCCACGGGAAGAUUUGGCAAUGGAAGAAUUCCUACAGAUUUGAUUGCCGAAGGUUUGGGAAUAAAGAAUAUUGUACCAGCUUAUCGUAGUCCAUUCCUUCAACCCAAUGAUAUCUUAACCGGUGUUAGUUUUGCUUCUGGUGGUUCCGGUUUAGAUCCUAUGACCGCCAGAAUUCAGGGAGUUAUUUGGGUACCAGACCAGUUAAACGACUUCAAAGCUUACAUAGCAAAGCUAAACAGCAUUACAGGAGAUGAAGAGAAAACAAGAUCAAUCAUAUCGAAUGCAGUUUUUGUCAUUUCCGCUGGAAAUAACGAUAUUGCCAUCACAUAUUUCACAAAUCCAGCGAGAAACACUCGAUACACUAUCUUCUCAUACACUGACAUGAUGGUUUCAUGGACUCAAUCAUUCAUAAAGGAAUUAUAUAAUUUGGGAGCGAGAAAAUUCGCGAUUAUGGGAACAUUACCAUUGGGUUGCUUACCAGGAGCAAGCAACGCUCUUGGAGGGUUAUGUCUAGAACCCGCAAAUGUAGUGGCUAGACUCUUUAACCGGAAGCUAGCGAACGAAGUCAACAACCUCAACUCGAUGCUGCCAGGUUCUCGUUCGAUAUACGUCGACAUGUAUAAUCCUCUUCUUGAACUCGUCAAAAAUCCUCUAAGAUCAGGAUUUACCUCGCCAACUAGACCUUGUUGUUGUGCUCCGGCGGCUCCGAUACCGUGCUUGGAUGCAUCUCGUUAUGUCUUUUGGGACAUUGGACAUCCAUCGGAGAAAGCUUAUCAGACUAUUAUUCCUCCGAUUAUCCAACAAAUCCAACAAAGCUUCGCUUGAUUUGGGUGUUUUCGUCUACUCAACAAUUAUUCUAUUUUUUUGUCAACAUUCAACAACAAUUAUUCUGUUUACUGUGUGUGUAUAUAAAAGAUUUACCCUUCUUGUAAGUGUUAAAUGUUGCUUAUCUUAUCUAUGAAUAAUACAUCUUAACUAUU